AUGAAAUAUCCAACAUCGUUGACUGUUUGUAUAUCAUUAUUGGCUGUAAGAUUGUUCCAUCUAUAUAUAAUUCGUUCAUUUUAUGUCCCAGAUGAAUACUGGCAGUCUUUGGAGAUAGCUCAUUAUAUUAAUUUUGGUUUUGGAUACCGCACUUGGGAGUGGAUUGUCGGUAUAAGAAGUUACUUAUCCAUUUCAUGGAUUGUAAUAAUAUACAAGAUUUUAAAUUUUUUCUCCCUGGACACAUUACAAUUUUUAAUAUGGAGUCCACGCUUUAUACAAACACUUUUUUCAACAUUCUCAGAUUACUGUUUUGUGUCCUGGGUACAGAAAAACUCUAAAUAUUCAAAUGUAUUUUGGCCAGUCGUUUAUUAUAUGUCAAAUCCGUUUUUGGCAUAUUGUUCGACGCGUACCUUAGUCAACACAUUGGAAACCAACUUGACAACAAUUGCCUUAUAUUAUUACCCUUGGUCAUUGAGAAAUAAAGACGUCAAAUUUUUAUGGAUAGUAGCUCUUGUUUGUGUUAUGCGCCCAACAGCAAUAAUAGUGUGGCUACCAUUAAUCGUAUUUGAUUUUUUUGCUCAUAAACGUUACACUCUAAAUAACCUAGCAAGGUAUAUUUGUAUUGGUUUGACGUCACUUAUUCUUUCUAUAACAUUAGAUACAUACUUUCACGGUUCUUUUGUUGUUACACAGUGGAAUUUUUUGUAUUAUAAUAUUAUAAAAAAAGUCAAUGCUCAUUAUUCCGUUGAACAUUGGUAUUGGUACUUUGUCUGUGGAUUACCACCAGUGUUAGGACCUAUAUUUUUUAUAUUCAUUUAUUGUUUUAUAAAAAAAAUAAGACAGUUUGAUCUUAAUGAUACUGAUUCCAAGUUGAUAAUCACAGUAUUUUGGUCUUUGUCAGUGUUAAGUAUGAUUACUCAUAAAGAACAAAGAUUUCUACUUCCAUUGUUUCCUAUGAUAUUCUUUAUUACAUCUCAACAAAUUUCCAUAGUUUGUAGAAAGUUUAUAAAAUUAGGAAUCUUAACGGUCAUAUUAAAUAUCAUAGUAUUGAUUUAUUUGGGGCGGUAUCAUCAAAUUGGGUCUAUCAGGGUUAUGCCACAUUUAGCUAAGAUACCACAAAAUUCAACAUUAUUAUUUCUAAUGCCAUGUCACUCAACUCCACUUUAUAGUCAUCUUCAUUUGAAUAUAUCUGCAAGGAUUUUAACAUGUGAGCCAAACCUAAACGACAUUUCAAAUUAUACUGAUGAAGCUGAUAUAUUUUUUGAAAAUCCUAAUAAGUGGCUUGAUGAGUCGUAUUCUGCUGAAAGUAAUAAUAAUUUACCAACACACAUAGUUAUGUUUGAUGUAUUAUCAAACACAUUACAUGCAUUUUUGACUAAAGGAAAAUACAAGAAUGUUUUGUCAAUAUUUCACACAGAUUUUCCAUCUACGAAAAUUGGACGGUACAUAAAUGUGUUUUCACGUAUUGAAUACCCUAGGCAGUAUAAUUAUAUUGAAGGUCGUUUUCGGUAA